UCUGUCAGAGCCAGUUCCUCCAUUUAAGAUGCUGACUUGUUAAUGUGGCAGGGACAAGUGAAUGACUUUUGUUAACUCUUGCGCCUCACUUUGAAGCUUGUGUUUGAGGCUUUUUUUUUUUUGCUUAACAUGUCAGCUUUGUUUGUAGUCAGAGGGAGCAUGAAGUCUGCUUUGCGGCUUAGUAGAUAGAUAUCUUCAGAUAGCGGAGAGGGAGAGGGAGAGCUGAGUGACACACCGUGUGGUUUGAUAAGCAGGGUUAAGGCGUUUGCAGUUCAGUGUAGUCGAUGACUGGUAGGUGGGAAGCCCUCACCCCCAGCAGCUCUCUGUCCUGCGCCCGCUCCUGCUGUCCUGGGCACAUAAACACAUAAAGGACACAGAGGAGCUGGAGGAGGAGGAGGAGGAGGGUCAACCAUGGAGCUGUAGGGACACGCUCAGAUGCCCGUGCGGAUCACCAGCGGAGGAGGAGUGCCGCCGAGGAGACGAGCCCUGCAAUGAACAAGACCAAGAGGAAAUCCAGUGACAGCCCUGCUGUGCUGAAGAGCAGGAAGCUGGUCCAGCGGAGGAGGAACACAUGUCCCAGUCCUCAGGACAUCAGCCGGGCGCUGCAGAGCCCCAGCUCUCCCCCCAUCUCCAGCGCUGCCAGCCUGGAUGAGCUCAUACAGCGCUGCCUGAACUGCUUUGAUUCCGAUGGGAAGCUUUCCAGCCCGAGAGGUUCGCAGCUGGUCCACGUGACGCUGAUGAUGCACAGUUGGGUUGUCCCGUCGCAGACGUUUGCCCAGAAACUUCUCACCCUCUAUAAGGACUGUCCGUCGGACAGGCGCGGCCUGAGGCGGCCACAGGUCUGCCACCUUGUCAGGCAGUGGAUCAGCCAGUUCCCGGCCGUGUUUGAGGCGGACCCCCUCCUCGAGCAGACCAUGGGGGACCUGUGGGCGCUGGUUCGGUCAGACGGAGAGGAGACGCACUCGCAGCUCAUCGACACCUCCUGCUCGAGCCCCCAUGUGAACAUAUCCCAGGCGCCCUCGCCCUCGGUGAAGAAGAGGAAGGUGUCCCUGAUCUUCGACCACAUGGAGCCGCAUGAAAUGGCGGAGCAUCUCAGCUACCUGGAGUUCAAGAACUUCUGUAACGUGUCGUUUUCCCGCUUCCCUCGCUCACCUGGGCCUAAACCCUGCGGAGCUCCGGGCCCGAGUUGUUUCCCACCUGACCGCUGCCUUCUGAUUGGCCAGUUCCUGGACUACCGCAGCUACUUGGUGCGAGGCUCCGUGAGGGACAACCCGUCUCUGGAGCGGUCGGUCAUGAUGUGCAACGGAGUCUCCCAGUGGGUCCAGCUGAUGAUCCUCAGCAGACACACGGCCCAGCAGAGAGCGCAGGUCUUCACCAAGUUCAUUCACGUGGCUCAGAAGCUGAGGUCUCUGCAAAACUUCAACACUCUAAUGGCAGUAACCGGAGGCCUCUGUCACAGCUCCAUCUCCCGCCUCAAAGACACCUCCAACCUGCUGCCUCCCGACAUCACAAAGGCCCUGAGCGAGAUGACGGAGCUGCUCUCCUCGCGCAGCAACUACAGCAACUACCGGCGGCUCUACAACGAGUGCAGCGGCUUCAAGGUGCCCAUCCUGGGCGUCCACCUGAAGGACCUGAUCUCGCUGAACGAGGCGCUGCCCGACUACGUGGACGAGGACAAGAUCAACCUGAGCAAGCUGCAGCACCUGUACAGCAACAUCAACGACCUGCUGGCCACCCACAGCUGCACGCCGCCCUUCGAGGCCAACAAAGACCUCCUGCACCUGCUCACGCUCUCUCUAGAUUUAUACUACACCGAGGAUGAGAUCUAUGAGCUCUCAUACACCAAGGAACCCAAGAACCCCAAGAUCCAGCCCGUGGCUCCAGUGAAAGCGCCCGUGGUGGCGGAGUGGGGCUCGGGAGUCACCCCCAGGCUCGACCCCACCACCAUAUCGAAACACGUCAAGCAGAUGGUGGAUUCCAUCAUGAAAAACUACAACCAGACCCAAGACGGCUACAUUCUGCUGGAGGACUUUGAGAAAAUUGCAGCCAACUUCCCCUUCUCCUUCUGCACGCACGAGACCGACAGGGAGGGACAGAUCAGCCGUGAAGACAUCACCUCUUACUUCAUGAGGGGAAUGUCUAUAUGUGCCAAGCUGGGCUACAACUUCAAGGACGCACACAACUUCCAGGAAACCACGUACAAGCGGCCAACGUUCUGUGACACGUGUAGAGGCUUUCUGUGGGGACUCAUCAAACAGGGCUACCACUGUAAAGACUGCGGGGUAAACUGCCACAGACACUGCCGAGAUCUGGUGGGAAUGGAGUGCCUGAAGAGACACAAAAACACGACGGGGUCCUGUCCGUGCACCCCCGCCCCUGACUUAAAGACCAAGGGCAACAGCUGGAGUUCCGAGGAGGAGACCUUUGUCUUCCCCCAGAGUAACGAGACGGAACACAACGAGAAAAAUAACGCCGGCAAUUCGGCGCUGUCGGACUGCUCCACGCAGACGGACCCCGGAGUGUGGACGCCCCAGAAAAGGGACAGGAGGGGGAACAACCACUACUCUCCUGUAUGUGCGUCCCCAGACAGAAAGGUCAACACGCUGCCCCCGAGGAGCCGAGGCAGCUCCAUGCCCGUUUCCUUCCUGCACGAGAAGAUGGAGGAGCUGCAUCUCUACAAAGACAAGAGCAGAGAGCCAGACUGAGCGCUUCGCGUCUUCUGACGUUUCCCCAGCAUGGACUGAACGCCCAGACGCCUGACAGAGCUGUCAGGCCGCUGUCGAACUCAUGACAUUUACCGGCCGUUCACUGAAGAGCGCCAGUAGCUACAAAAACGGACUCCUUCGUGUUUCAGUAAUGUUCGUGACAUGUUUUUAAUUUUAUUUUUGUCAAGUUAUUAGCUUGGUUUCUUGUUUAGGCCUCAAACCUCCUAUUCUACUGUAAUUUAUGAACACCUCAUUGUGUUGUUUAGAACAUGUGCCUUGUUCCGCCGGUGCUAAGAUUCCACAGAACCUCAAUCCAUAAGGUCAUUUUCAGUGCGACACCCUACAGACAGACACGUUUCCUGAUCAAACAUACUCAUCAUAAAUUCAGGGUCGGAAGUUAACACUAAAGUAAACAUUUUGUUAAAACUUAUUUUCACUUUGGCAGCUACAGUGUAGGACAACUGGCACUGGCUUCACCUUGGGUGAUAUGACGGCAGUCUGUUCCUCUGUCUAAGGCUACAUCAGGUCAGACAGGUCUUCAAAUCACUGCAGCCCUCUCUUCACUGCAACACUGGCUUCCUUGGAUUUUCUUGGAUGUCAGAGCUACCAUGUCAUCUUCAUGUAGUUUGUUUCUAAAUUUCCAUAAGUUGAAAAUCAGACUUUUUAUUGCGAUCACUAGUAACAAAGGUGUUUGGUUUGUAAAAAGUUAAAGGAGCUUGUGAAGCCUGAACCAUCAGCCACAUUAACCAGUUCGAAGAAAAAAUGUUUAUUUCCAGCCCUGACAUCAAUGUUUUGAAUUUCAGGUAUCUGCUAGUUCAUUCAAGGUUCAGCAGGACUGCACUGGGACUGUUUGCUCCAAAAGUUCUUUUCAGUUUAAUGCUUUUUUGUUUUAUUCUUUGUCCACAAUUUAUAUUUUGUUGAAAAACGCACCAACAAAAAUAAUAAAUCAUCAACUAUG